AAGCGCGAGAUAGAAACUUGAGCGCGGAGUCGAUGUUGUAUUGCGGAGCGCUUGUGCUCUUUUUAAACAAAUAUAUUAAGUGCAUUUGAUUGACCGUCUCAUGAACACCGCAGAUGUUUUGGCCUUUGUAUGUUGAUUGCCCAGUGUCCUCGUAAAGAUCAUUUUUUUGGUGAAGUGUGAUAAAAAUAUAAAAGUGACAUGUCGAGGUGGGCGCGCGGUGAGGAUGAGGAGGAGGCCAUGUGUCAGGACACAGAUUCAGAUGUAGCGGACCAGAAAGAUUGUGGAAAAGUGAAAGUGAAAUGGACCCAAGAGGAGGAUGAUAAACUGCGAAAACUGGUGCUCAGUGUUGGACCAAAUGAUUGGAAGUACAUUGCCAGCUCCUUUCCUAAUCGCUCUGAACAUCAGUGUCAGCACCGCUGGUUUAAAGUUUUGGAUCCAGAACUUGUUAAGGGCCCUUGGACCAAGGAAGAGGAUGAAAAGGUGAUUGAACUGGUGAAAAAGUACGGCAACAAGCAGUGGGCAAUGGUGGCCAAGCACCUAAAAGGCCGUCUAGGAAAGCAAUGUCGAGAACGCUGGCACAACCACCUCAAUCCAGAUGUGAAGAAGUCCUCCUGGACUCCAGAGGAAGAUCUUAUCAUCUACAAGGCACAUUGUGUACUGGGAAACCGCUGGGCAGAGAUUGCCAAACUGCUUCCUGGAAGAACGGACAACGCAGUGAAAAACCACUGGAACUCCACCAUCAAGCGUAAAGUUGAGACUGGUUAUUAUGCUGGGGUGGACACUACACUUCAUGUUAUCCAUCAGAUAGACAAUGAAGAGGAGGUACCUGAAGAGUCCAGUCAACAGGAUCCUGAUGCACAUGAAAAGGCCACCAGCGCUCCACACAAAACCGCAUCUCCAAAGACACCAAAAACUCCAGCAACCCCCAAAAGUGAAUCUGAAAGUGCUGGAGACUCAAAUGUUGCCACCUGGGUCAUGGACAGUUCAGGGUUCCUCUCUCCCUCGGCCGCCCCCACGUUGAAGGAGGUGAUGGAGCUUAUGGAUGGGGACCUUGAAGGCUGGUGUACGAUGUCAGACUUUGACUUGCCAGAGGAAAGCCAGAGCCCUGAGCUGCUGCAGUUUCGGCUGGAGGGGAGCACCCUGCAUGAGCUCAGCAAGGGCAGUAAAGGGGAACUCAUUCCUAUCUCACCUGGUGGGGCGACACCUCCAUCAAUCCUGAGUCGCCGUAGUCGCCGCCGCAUCGCCCUCUCCCCCGACCCCAAUGACUCAAUGACCCCAAAGAACACACCCGUCAAAAUCCUGCCCUUCUCUCCUUCACAGUUCCUCAAUAUGUGGACCAAGCAGGACACCCUGGACCUGGAGAAUCCCUCUCUGACGUCCACUCCAGUGUGCAGCCAGAAGGCCCUUGUCACCACACCCCUACACCGGGACAAAACUCCACUCACACAGAAGGAGAAUUCCAUGUUUAUCACGCCAAAUCACAAGUCUGAUCUGGACACAACUCCCCGUACUCCCACACCAUUUAAAAAUGCCAUGGAAAAAUAUGGCCCCUUGCGACCACUGCCUCCAACCCCGAAUUUGGAGGAGGACCUUAAAGAAGUGUUGCGCAGUGAAGCAGGAAUUGAGCUGAUUGUAGAAGAUGAAACUCCUACUGAGAAGAAAUGCAAACAAGCGCACCGGCCUCCUAUGAAGAAAGUCCGUAAAUCUUUGGCUCUAGAUGUCAUUGACUGCAGCGAGACUUUCCGUAAACAGCAAUUUAGACCUACAGUCAAAAUUAUUCAAAAGGCUCAAACAGCACGGUCACUCUCUCUUGAGUCAUCUUGUGGUGUAAAAAAUGAGGAGAAUGUUUUGGAUCAAGGAUUUAUUCUUGGUCCGAAUGAGAGUGGGCUGCCCUCCAAACCCGUGCCUCCAGCAUUUAAACUGCAUCCUCCAUUGCCUAUGUCUCCAGCUUGGGAAACGGUUGUCUGUGGACAGACGAAAGACCAGUUGUUCAUGACAGAGAAAGCAAGGCGUUACCUCCGCUCUUUAAAAUCUCAUGCCCCAAACCGAGCCCUCAUACUGUCCUGACUCUUUAAGCAGCUUUGUAUAAUCAAUUUUGCAGUAAAUUAUGUGGAAUAUUGGUGUUGAUAAAAAUUGUAAAUGUCAUGUAGCAUUUGUAAAACAAAUUACUGUUCCAGAUUUGCGUCGGAAUUGACACUUGAUGUUGAUAAUGCUCUUGUCCAGAUUUCUAUGGCAUAUUCAAAAUACCAUUUCCCACCAUUUAGCUUUGUAUAAUAAGUGUCCAUAAUUUGCACAUUGUCAACCUGUUAUUGAUAUGGCAGCAAACAUGUUCACAAGAAUUCUGCUGUCCAUAUUCAAUGCACAUGUGCCAAGUUCUAAGCAUGUAAGCAGGUUGCUGUUCAGGGUUUUCUGUAUUUUUAUAUUCCAUUUACAUCUGUAUUUCUAUAAGGAUAAGGCUUCUCUCAUUAUUCAUUUACUCUGAUGCUAUCCCAGAUGUGUAUGACUGUCUUUCUUCAGCACAACAAAAAUAAAGAUUUGUAGAAGAUAGAGCUCUGACAGGUCAUUAUAAUGCAUGUAACCAGAGGCCAGCUCUUUGAUGGUCCAAAGUAUAUAUAUAUUUAUAUUAUAUUUAUGCAGCAUAAAAGUAAUCCAUGCAAAUCCAGUCGAUCAAUGAAUGCCUUCUGAAGCAAAUCAAUACGUUUGUGGAAAAACGAAAUAGAUAAUUCACUUUUGAAAAGUGCUUUCUGCCAGCAGUUGACGCUCCAUGUAGCUGUCGCAUGACGAAAGCGUGUCAGCGAGUUCACACGAGAAUGCGGCGUUUAUUUAGAAGAACGAACGUCACGUGAAAGUUCGGCCAUUUCAAACGGUAUCAGAGCCCUGGAUGGAAGCGCCGAUUUAAAGUUAAAAAACGUUUUAAUUAUCGAUUGUUUCUUCAGAAAAUAUUAAUUGUCGUGUGGAUUACUUUAAUGCUGCCUAAAUAUGACUUUUGGGCCAUCAAAGGGCUGGCACCCGUUUACUUGCAGUAGAAGGACCUGACAGAUCUAUUCUCUUAUAAAAAUCAUAAUUUGUGCUCUGCUGAAAAAAUAUACUCAUCUGGGAUGGCAUGGUAAGUGAAUAAUGAGAGAAUUAUGGCAAACUAUUCCUUUAACCUGCUAUACAUGACUCAAAUGACCUGUUAGCUGUAUA